UUCUGUGCACUUGAACCAAACCACAUCCUGUGCUCAAGUGUUGUUUCAGUCUGUAGUGAUGGUUUGAUUCUAUUAAUUUGUUUGAAUAGCUACUGGAUCGAACAGUGCUUAUUUUGCUCUUUCAAUUUUUUAUUUAACUAAAAUUAACUUGCUUUUCAGGAUUGUAUCCAAAUCUUUUCCAUAUUCAACAUGGCACAAAGACUACAAAAGAGAGAUGAAACAUUAUCAGAUGAAGAAAAACAACCCACAGACUUCAUUAAAAGACUUAGAUUCAUUGUCCUUGGAAGCGAUGAGGUUCUGAUAAAUGAAGCCUGUGAUACCAUUCUUAGGUCAACAGAUGGCAACAGAAUGGAUACCAGUAAACGUGGUGGAUCAUGUGUGUGUAGAGAAUCUUGUGUCAGCGGACGACAUGUCUCUGUAGUAAAAACACCCGCUUAUUGGCUGGAAAACUUGAAAACGUACCUCUUCUUCAGGAGCAGAGUCAGAGAUUUGAAAAGUGACAUGGAGUUUUGUUACUCAAUGGUGUUUCCUGGACCUCAUGCAUUUCUGUUAGUGCUUGGAGAUGUGCAAAACUCUGGUAAAGAGCAUUAUCUCCUACGAGCUCUCUGUGAAGUGUUUGGGCAGGAGGUCUUAGACUACAGUAUGGUGUUAUUUAUGCAUGAAUACAGUAAAAGCGAUAUAGACAGGAACCAUUGUGUCAGAAAGUGCAGAACAAAGCCCCACAUUUUAAAGGACAAUGAGGACAAUGUCCUAAAGCUGUUCCAUGACGCUACUGGGACAAUGAUGAAACAGAGAAAAGGGAGCUUUUUUACAAAGGAUCUUGAGUUGCUAGACAAAGCCGAAGCUUAUUUUAAGAAAGAAUUUGAUGCUACAUAUGAGGAGAGGGAGAGUAUACUGAGAGGAGAUUUGGCAGAAAUGAAAACAACAGAGGAAAAUCUAAGAACUAAAAUUACAGAAAUGGAAAAACAGAAUUCUGAAAAUGUGGAAGAAUUACAAGAUCUGCGUGAAGAACUGGAUCAGUUAAGGGAAGAACUGGAUGCUCAUAGAGCCAGAGAGAAUCAGUUAAGGAAAGACUUGGAUGCUUCCAUAGGCAGAGAGAAUCAGUUAGGUCAACAGAUUGAUGCUCUCAAAGAGAAAAACUAUGAACUAAAAGAAGAGUUGUUUGACCUUAGGGAUCAUAAGAGACGGGUCAAUGCAGAACUGACCGCCUCCAAUGAAAGAGAGAGUCAGCUGAUGUCUGACUAUGAGAAGCUACAAAGAGAACUGGAGCAACUCAAAGGCAACGAGAAAAAGAAUCCAAGAGAAUCAAAGGACAUAGAAGAAUUACUGCUCACAGAGAGAAACAGAUUACAGGCGCAAAAAGAAGUACAGGCCUCAGCACAAGAAGAGGAACUGGAUGAGAGAAAGAGAAAAUUGCUGCAGACAGUCGCUGAAUCACAGCAUGGCAUUCAUAUCUCAACAGCAGUUACUCCCCCUAGUGUGUCUGAAAGUGAGCUCAAAACUCCAGCUACUCCCUGAUUGCACUGAAGCACUGAAGGAUUUUCCAGGUUUCCAGUGAAGAGCUGGUGAAAUCAUCACAAGUUCAGACUGAAGGGGUGAUUUACAGUUCCCUCCUCUUGUAUUACAUAAUGAAUAUGGAAUCAUAGUUUAAAUCUUAAACCCACUGCAUCUAUUCUGGUAUUAAUGCUAAUUAUAUCUGCAGUUGGUGUAUGUGAGGUGACUGAAGGUCUAACCCAAAACAGUUUUACGCAUCUAGACCGGCUUGUAUUUUAUAAGCUAUAAAAGUGUGGAGAACUUUGUCUUCAGUAAACUCUCUGUCAGACGACUGAUUUCAACUUUGACUCUGGGUCUUCAUAUUGCAUACUGGCCUCUUUAUGAAGUCAAACUGUGUUUCCCAACAUGACCCUCACAGGUGGAUACUGGGGUAAAAGUUCUUGUCCUCCAUAAAAAUAUUUAGUAACUCUAAAGACUAAUGAGUUGAAACUCCUUUAACUCUGCACACACAGUUUUUUUCCCCAUAUUCACUUCAUAGGAUUGUAUUAUUAGCCAUAUUCAGUAUUAUAUAUAUUUUUAAAAACUGCGCUAGAUGACAUUUUACUCAAAAAAUUGGCAAAAGUGUGUGUGUUUUAGUCUGAAAUGAAUGUUGUAAUAUUGCUGCAGUGUCUUGUUGCUGGGCUCUUCUAUGUUGUAUUGGACUUUUUAUGUUAACAAAAGUUAUAAGAUAAUAAAAUCAUUUCAGCAAUAUUGUCAUGUCUAUGUAUUUAAUAUAUGUUGAUUAUGUGUCUAUCCAGGUCAGGAUGACUUAUGAGCAGCAACAUUUUAAUUUUGGGUGUGUCAUUUAUGCCCCACUUGCCAGAAUGGGGGUUGCAUGGUAAGGGGUUUAG